CCCGCUCGGAGGCCGGUUCGCUCCGGUUGAUCCCGGACUCCCUUUGUUCGUGCGUCCCUAAACGACUGCCGGCCUCGCGCCCCUUGGCCCCGAUUUCCCCUCUACCCCCACCCUAUUACACUCAUUCAUUAAUUUUUAAUAAAAAGGGAAAGGCCUGAAAAGAUUCUUACAAGAAUCUCGGGCGCUUGUUAAUCCGCAGUGUGACAACGUUCUGGUUAUGACUUAAUAGAGGAAUUGCUCACGGAUACAUUAGAUGAAUACCCAGGGCAAACCACGAGAAGGGCAGAAUUCUGUGAUCUCCUUUUUUAAGACUGAGGAGCACAUACCUGCGAUAGCGUAUGCAUAGCUGGACCGUUUUCCUCUUUACCUUGAAAAGCAAGAGUACAGCUUUUAAUAGGUAAAGAUUCCAGUGUUAAAGCAUGAAGCCAGACUCACUCGACCGAAAAAUUUUUUUUUAGUUUUACUACUACAGAAAUACACACCUGGGAGUUGUAAAGGUCUGUUUUGAAAACGAACCCUCAUUACAGGCAAAGGAAAAUGUCUGAUGAAUUUUCGUUGGCAGAUGCACUACCUGAACACUCCCCUGCCAAAACCUCUGCUGUGAGCAAUACAAAACCUGGCCAACCUCCUCAAGGCUGGCCAGGCUCCAACCCUUGGAAUAAUCCGAGUGCUCCAUCUUCAGUGCCAUCUGGACUCCCACCAAGUGCAACACCCUCCACUGUGCCUUUUGGACCAGCACCAACAGGAAUGUAUCCCUCCGUGCCUCCCACAGGACCACCUCCAGGACCCCCAGCACCCUUUCCUCCUUCCGGACCAUCAUGUCCCCCACCUGGUGGUCCUUAUCCAGCCCCAACUGUGCCAGGCCCUGGCCCCACAGGGCCAUAUCCUACACCAAAUAUGCCCUUUCCAGAGCUACCCAGACCAUAUGGUGCACCCACAGAUCCAGCUGCAGCUGGUCCUUUAGGUCCAUGGGGAUCCAUGUCUUCUGGACCUUGGGCGCCAGGAAUGGGAGGGCAGUAUCCUACUCCUAAUAUGCCAUAUCCAUCUCCAGGCCCAUAUCCCGCUCCUCCUCCUCCCCAAGCCCCUGGGGCAGCACCACCUGUUCCAUGGGGCACCGUUCCACCAGGAGCCUGGGGACCACCAGCACCAUAUCCUGCCCCUACAGGAUCGUAUCCCACACCAGGACUCUAUCCUACUCCCAGUAAUCCUUUCCAAGUGCCUUCAGGACCUUCUGGUGCUCCACCAAUGCCUGGUGGCCCCCAUUCUUACCAUUAAGUUAACAAUGGACGAAGAGAUGACGCUUUGCUUUUUGAAGUACAUAUAUAUGCACAUGAAUGCAUAUAUAAAAAUUGCUGGUUUCACUAUUAGAGGGCAUUCAUGAAAGAACAACUCUUGCACCUCUCAGAGAAGAUAACUGCCUCUUGUACUUGGAUGUGUAGUACAUCAUAUGUAUACAAUCAGAUAAAAGCAUAGAAGUAAAUCAUUCAGAUGUGAUUUUUAUUUGGUUUUCAUGGAAAGUUAAAGUGAUAAAGUAUAUUGAAUAGCUCUUUGACAGAAUUUGUUUAAACUAUGAAACUACACACUUAAAAAUCUAAGAUGUGGAUUAUUGUUAGAAUCUGCAACUUCAUUGGCAAAUUAUUUCAAGUAUUUUUCUAUAAUCACUUCCCCUUCUAAAUAAAUAAACUUUAAGAAUAACCCAUCGUAAUCCAAACAAAUGAUGCCUCAACAUUUUGAACUGCUCUGUUGGACAAAUAAACCUGGUCCUCUUGAGGUUGUAUUUUGGAUAUACAUUUUUAAACUGUCAGUAAUUAUUGUCACAUGUGGAGUUCAAUACCCAGCCAGUGUUCAUUUUUAUCCUUGAGCUUUUAGUAAAAACUUCCUGGUUUUAUUUUUAGUCAUUGGGUCAUACAGCACUAAAGUCUGCUAUUUAUGGAAACUAACUUUUUUUGUUUUUAAUCCAGGCCAGCAUGUAUGUAAAUUAAAUUUUUAGAUAAUUGAUUAUCUCUUUGUACUACUUGAGAUUUGAUAUGAGAUGUGCAUAUUGCUUUGGGAAGAGCUCGAGGAAGGAAAUAAUUCUCUCCUUUGUUUUGAACCUCAAACUAGAUAAACCCUAGGAAUUGCUUAAUUGCAACAAUUAAUUUUCAUUCCCACAAAAACCUGAGGCAGCUCUUUUGCCCAGAGCGUUCCCUGUAGCCACCCCCACCCCACUUGCCCUUGGUUCUUUAGAAGGAGCACAUUCCUUGAUUCCUCCCUGAUGUGGUAAACUGGCACACUCUAGGGGUCUAAAACAUAACAGUUGUGUUUAGAGAACCUUAAGUCAUGCAGACAUGACUGUUCUCUUUGUACAAGUGUGAAUCAAAAUAUGUAUCUGUUUUUCAGAGUCUGGUUAAGCUAUGUCAUUGUCUACUGCAUAGUUUCCUGAGUCUGUUUGUAAAGUGCUUAUGGCUAACAGUUCAGUUCUGUGUUUGUUGACAGGUAAAUAAGUGGAGCUGAGUGCCAUCUUUGAAAAAAUUACCCUCUAGCUCUAACACUGAAAAUAAUAAUAAAUUGUAGAUCUCUGCAACUAAGUUUAAAGCAGUGUGACUGUGUUGCUUAAAUAUUAAGUAUUGUUUAUAACCACCAAAAAAAAGCCCUAGUAGUUUUUUGGCACCUUAUGUUUAAAUCAGAUUCUUAGAUUUGGGGUAGACCUGACCUUGUUAUUUAUUAGAUAACAGUUUGAAUGUAUCCAUUGGAUUUCUAAAAUGUAUUGUGAAUUUCUCAGACAAACAGGAUUUAUGCUGGAGCUCUGUUUUGCUUAGAAAUAAAAUAUUUAGUAGUUUAUUUCUGCUCUAAUUAAAACAUCAAGAAUGCCAAA